UGCUUAAGGCAGUGAAUUACUUACAGCUGACACUCAUUCAGAGGAUACAAAGGUCAGGAAAAUACAACCACUUUAUUGCUGGAACUUUGGUCUUUUAUUCCCACAGGAGGUGAGUGAAUCAUUUCUUACUCAGAUGUGAAGCAUUCUGCUGAAAGCAAACAUGUUCAGGUUUUCUCUAAUAGUCUGUAUUUCGCUGAUAUUUGGCGUCACAGCAAAGCCAUAUAAACCCUGGAAUAAACUCACAGAUGAAGCAUUCCAAGAUACCGUUAUGUCUAUAGAUGACGGAGGAAAGAUGUCCUGGGGAGUGGAAGUGGAGCCUCCAGAGGACAUGGAUGAGACUGACUAUGACAUCGACCCGAGGAUGAAGAUUUGGAAGAGCAUGACAGGCGGGCAGGACAAACACCCCCUAAAGGCAGAGGAAGACUUGGAUGAGCUGUACCAUCCUUCAGUGGUCGAUCUCCUCCAAGUUCAGUUUCAAAACCGCGAUGCCCUCCCUGCUGCUGACAUCCAGGCAGAGCCCUGGCAAGAGGUUGCCAACUUGAAUCAGGAACCAGAAGAGGAUAAAGACAACGUCGACCACCCUGGGUUCAGUGAGGCGGCACCGAGCGAGCCUGAGCAGGACUGGGACGAGGUAUACCACAAAGCGAGCGAGGAGCUGGCUGGAUACCUAGCUCCACUUGUGGCUGGAUACAAACCUGAUGCAGAGAUCCGGGUUUCAAACUCUGAACCAGAGAAGGAUGAGGACGAGCUAUAUCACCACGACAGAGACCAGGGUUCACCUGUGCAGAAGGAGCUGCUGAGCCGUGAGGUCGUGGCUAAAAGUGAGGUCAGAGUUCACCUUCAGCCAGAGGAGGACAUGGAUGACGUGUACCACAAAGAUCUCCUGAAGCUCAUCCCUUACCCGGAUGAUACUGAAGCUGCCGCUCAUGCUCAUGUGCAGCUUCAGAGGAGGCAUAGCCAACCGGAGGAAGAUCUGGAUUAUCUCUACCACCAGUGAUCCCUCAACCACAACUCAACCUGUGUGGAUCCUUAUCAUCCCAGAUCAGAUACAACCUUAGCUGAUGCACAGUAAAUCAAUCAGAAGUGUCUUUUGACUCAUUAAACUGUCCUUAAUAUGAAUAAACUAAAUCAUCUAAAUAUCA